AUGCGCAAGGACUUUAAUAUACUCAACGAGAUGAAUCCAUAUAUACCGGUGGUGGGAUAUAAUGUUGGCGGAUCGUUUGGACUCAUAUCUGUCUUUAUUCUAUCCUUGGCUCCCAGCAACCCUACGAACACGCUCUCUUCCACCCCAUCCGUAUCUGCUGAUGCCCUCGCCGCAUCCCAGUCCGAACCCUCCUACGCGCGUUCGCCACACGAUGUUGCUGCCGUCCUGCGCUGGGGUCUCCGUCACCUCAAACUCGAAGGAAAUUCCUUCGGUCGUCCCGCUCUUAAUCCCACCUCCCCAUCUACGAAUACCCAUACCACCAGUAGCGACGUGAACAAUAAUACUUUCACAGACGACGAGUUAUCAUGGUAUACGUCCUUCUCCCGUGCCGAACGUUCUUCCAACUACCCACCCACCGCGUUCUCUCAAUCCCUCGUCCCACUUCUUCCAGAAGAUCACGCCGAGCUGCUUGUAGCGCUCUUGGACGUGAUAUCGUCGCUGGCAGCACAUGGUGAGGCGAACGGGUCCAGUGGUGCCAAGUUCAGUAUGAUGAUAGGACUGCGGUUGGUUGCGGCGAGUAGGAGCAAGAGCAGAGAUGGGUGGGUGAGUUUCUAUGAACGGUGGGAGAAGGUCGGGAGGGUAUUGGGACAUCUGCUCUUGGCGAGGAUUAGGGAGGAAGCCUCAACCCACAAGAUGCCCCGCCGCCUCACCGAACUCGUCGAACACUACCCCUAUACGAAGGACACCGUCGUCCUCGCCCUUGGUGGAGGUGUUAUCGGAGAUCUGGUAGGAUUUGUAGCUGCUACCUUUAUGCGCGGGUGCCGUUUCGUACAAAUCCUGACCACUUUGCUCGCCAUGGUUGACUCGAGUGCGGGCGGCAAGACUGCCAUCGAUACGCCCCAUGGGAAGAAUCUGAUUGGCGCCUUCUGGCAGCCGGAAUACAUCUUCAUUGAUACAGCUGCCAUCUGGGACGAAAAUGAAUUCGCCGCCCUCGAAUCCCGCUCAGCCGAAAUCUUCGCCACCAUUCGAACCCCCUCCCAAAACUACUCCGGACGCACCAAAUCCACACGUUCCGCCGCUCAAGACCUCCUCCUCUCCGUCAUCGCCGGCUCCAUCUCCGUCAAAGCCCACAUCGUGACGAAUGACGAGCGCGAACUCACCGGUUUUCGUGACCUAGUCAACUUCGGGCACACCAUCGGACAUGCCAUCGAGGCUAUCCUCACGCCCAAUAUGCUCCACGGCGAGUGCGUCGCCGUCGGUAUGAUCCUCGAAGCGGAGGUGGCGAGGCAGUUGGGGAAGUUGGGGCAGCAUAUAAUUAACCUACCCGUAUCGCUCACGGACCCGCAUAUCGCGAGUUUACCGAGCUCGAGGUUGUUGACGGUAGAUAGGCUGUUGGAUAUCAUGAAGAUUGACAAUACGAACAGUGGACCGGAGAAGAAGAUCGUCAUUCUGAGCGCGAUUGGGAAGACAUGCGAUCAGAAGGCGAGUGUGGUGAAGGACAGCGUUAUUGCGAAGACGCUUUCGGAGGCGGCGAAGGUCGUGCCAGGGAAACCGAGUCAGGAUCCUAUCAGGAUGGCUACACCUGGGUCGGAGAGUAUCUCGAACCGCGCUUUGGUGCUCGCUGCAUUGGGGAAGGGCACCUGCAGGCUGAGCAACCUGUUGCACUCGGACGACACCCAGGUCAUGAUGGCCGCUCCCGCUGAGCUCAAGGGUGCCAGCUUCGCAUGGGAAGAUGGUGGAGAGACCCUCGUCGUUCAUGGUGGUGAAGGUUUCCUUUCCGUUCCUCCCAAAGGCAAGGAGAUUUACCUCGGGAACGCCGGCACCGCCGCUCGUUUCCUCACCACCGUCUGCGCUCUCAUCCAACCCUCCGUCCUCGCGCCCACCACCAUCAUUACUGGUAACGCUCGGAUGAAACAACGCCCCAUCGGCCCUCUCGUAGACGCUCUCCGCGCCAACGAUACCUCCAUCGAGUACCUCGAAUCUCAAGGCUGUCUCCCCCUCUCCAUCGCCCCUGCCGGCCUUAAAAGAUCUCGAAUCCAACUCGCAGCGACCGUCUCCUCGCAAUACGUCUCGUCUAUCUUACUAUGCGCUCCUUAUACCGCCGAACAAGUCACCCUCGAGUUGACUGGUGGCCAGGUCAUCUCGCAGCCUUACAUCGACAUGACCAUUGCGAUGAUGAAGACGUUCGGCAUCGAAGUCCAGCGCGAGACCGACGCUGCUGGCAAGCUUCUCGAUGUGUACACCAUCCAGAAGGGGACGUACACCAACCCAUCCGUGUACAGCAUUGAAUCUGACGCUAGCUCCGCUACCUAUCCUCUCGCCAUCGCCGUCAUAGCCGGUUCCUCCUGCACGAUCUGCAAUAUCGGAUCUUCUUCUCUCCAAGGCGACGCCCGGUUCGCUAAAGAGGUCUUGGAGCCUAUGGGGUGCGAGGUGGUGCAGACGGAGACGGAGACGACGGUCAGAGGACCGAAGCUGGGGACUUUGAAGGCGAUUGGACUGAUUGAUAUGGAGCCGAUGACGGAUGCGUUUUUGACGGCGAGUGUGCUGGCGGCGGUGGCGGCGGGAGCACCGCUGGAGGGGAGGGAGCUCGUAGAUGGGAGUCCGACGAGCACGACGAGGAUUAUCAUACAGGAGGCGUUGAGGUCUACGUAUGAGAGUACGGCUGGGGAUCAGGCCGGGGUCUGGGAGGUUAUCCAGAAUUUGGCGAGGAGCGAGCAGGAAGGUGCGGCGGCGGAGGUGGAGGUCAAGGAGGAGGAUCCGGUACUGAAUAGGAUUUUUGAGGAUGGGACGAUUAGGUUGUUGAGUAUGGUAAAGGACAAGGAACUUGGGAAGGAGAAGGAAGGAGCCUAA